AUGUCAGCUUUAUUUCUUCUUCAGCUAUCGUCUCUAGCACCUAUCCAGGACACUCCUCAACAGGCUCUAAUAUCCGAGGCCGUCAAGCAAUGCAUUGAGUCGCAAUGCGACAAGCUGAUUAUGCUCAUCCGUUUCGAACAAGCCAUUUCCAAUGUCGACGCAAAUUGGGGCCAGUUUCAAGCACUGCUUUGCUCACUCUAUGUCACUCAACUGCAGGCUUCAUAUGCCAUGGAAAAGCCGCUCUUUGAUUUCACGGUUGUAUUUGAAUCAUGGGCAGGAUACAGCGUAGGAUUGAGACCUGAUUUGAAAAUGGUAUUCGCCACCACCACCCAAGAUCUCAACGAGGUGCAAAAGUUGAAUACAGAAAGACAGAAGCGUGAUCUUCAAGCCAUGGAAGUUGUGACCUUACCAGGAGGCAUUGAUCAAGCCAUCCAGCAAAGUACUCAAGACGCUAUGGAGAAACUCGACGCAUUCGACCGUGUGGCAGUAGGCGGAACUUUUGAUCAUUUACAUGCAGGCCACAAGAUCUUGCUUACAAUGACAGCUUUGCUUGCCAACAAGAGCGUGGUGGUUGGUGUAACAGACGAUGUCAUGCUCCAAUCAAAAAAGUUCCAUGACCAAAUCGAAUCCAUUGACCAACGCAUCAACAACGUACGAGCUUUUCUCGAUACCAUUCGACAUGGACUUUUAUUUGAUAUUGUGCCCAUAACGGACCCAUUUGGCCCAACCAUCACCGAUUCUACCAUCCAAGCGCUCGUGUGUUCGAAAGAAACAGAAAAAGGAGGGGAUGCAGUGAAUACUGAACGAUCGAAACGGGACUUUCCACCCUUAGAACUACGGCUCAUUGAUGUCAUUUCAUCGGACAAGGUGUCUAUAGCUGGUCAGGAUAUGGUCGAUCUCAAGAUAAGUUCAACUUGGAUUAGAAAAUAUAUAUCAGAGCAUGAUCAGUAG